AUGGAGACUGGCGGGGGGAGCCAGGUGUCCAAUGGCUGUGUGAGUAAGAUCCUGGGCCGGUAUUAUGAAACAGGCUCGAUCCGUCCCCGGGCCAUAGGAGGGAGUAAACCGAGAGUGGCCACUCCAGAGGUGGUGGCUAAAAUCGCUCAGUACAAGAGAGAGUGCCCGUCUAUUUUCGCUUGGGAGAUCAGAGACCGGCUACUUGCAGAGGGAGUGUGCACCAAUGACAACAUACCCAGCACUGAUGGAGUCCCUAUUGCCCCCCGGAUCACCGGGCCAAAAACAACAUGGCUCCCCAGAGAAAAGGAGCGGGAAAAAAAGGCCAGAUAA